UUGUUGACAUCUUCGUACCUAGUAAGAUUUUCACGAUUUUCACCGAAUUUCUCGGAAUACAAAGUUGUCUGGUAUAUUUUUCAGAAUAAGUAAAAUAAGUGUAAUUGUUCGAAAAAAUUCUCGUCAAAAAACUUGAUAACAGAAAAAAACAAUAUAAAUCAAAAUAGUCUAUUCAAAGACAUUUUGAACUUAACUACUUGAUGAAGAACCAGCAUCUGUCUACCUGAAGGCGUCAAGUUUAGUAAAAAAUCUCCAACUUCGUUGCGAACAUAACGAUUAAAGUCAUCAUGGUUGCGAUAACAUAAAUAAUUGCGUUUUAUAUUACAUAGUUUAAUAGUGGACAGCUUAUCAAUAGCAAUUGCAAUUGAUACGUUCAAAACAAUAUUCUAAGCGUUAUUCAAUUGAGUCACGAUGUCGCUCGAUUGUUGUAUCGCAUGUACCAGGGUAGUGGAACCCAGCUUAAUGCGUUCAGUGUCAGAUAACAAAUUAACUCAACACGCGUUGACGCAACAUUUUUGGUUCAAGGAUAUUGAGCUCAUAUCUGCCGUUUUAUGUUCCAGUUGCUGGAAACAAAUCGAAGACUUCCACACCUUUUACAGUGAGAUAAAAAAGAUUCACUUUCCACUGGCAGAGGAUGAUAAAUCUGCUAGUGAUGAACCGGUGGAAAUAAAAGAGGAACCGAUCGUCUUGGCGGACCACCAGGAAGAAAUCUUCACAGUGAAGUCGGAAUCGCUUGAUGUGCAGAUCGAAAAUCUUUACCCGUCUGAUGUAGGUGGUUCAGAUAAUGAAAGAUUUGAUGUAAUCAAAGGAAAGGUCGAGUCUGAAAUAAUAGAAGACUUGGAGCAACCGGUGGAUGAAUACGCAUUUGAAGAAAAUUAUCAUUUUGAAUUGAAUGAAAAACGAGAGGAGACUAACAUAGACGGCGAAGCAGAGAUUAAUGUGUUACAGAUAACACCAAAAAAGCGUGGACGGAAGCCCAAAUAUCCUGACGGUCCACCUAAGAGAGUGAGGAAAAGGCCACAAACCGAAGCUUCGAAACGGUUUCAGAAAGACAACGAACUGUUGCGUAAGCAUUUUGAUCUGAAAUGCGACACCUGCAAGGCAGAGUACCCAACUUUUGCUCAGCUUAACAACCAUUCCUUGGAAGCGCAUAGCAAACAGGUACACGUAUUCUGUUGCAACCUGAAGUUCAGAUGCCGUAACCGACUUGUUCAGCAUUUGUGGUUCCACCUGAACCCGGAGCGAUAUCGAUGCGAACCGUGUAACCGUCAGUUUCCCAACGCGGAAGCGUUCAAGGCUCACAACCAAACUAUACAUCUGUCAGCGAAUGCGGAAAAAACUUUCCAGUGUGAGCUGUGUCCGCGGGUCUAUCCAAACAUGAGAGGACUCACCAUACACCUGCGCUACCAUCGGCAACUGAACGAAAGCGGCUGGCACUGUGAUCCCUGCGAUAAGCAUUACAAAACCAAAGCGGGCUGGAUGGAGCACAUGAAGACCAAACACAGCACCUCCCAGAAACACCUGUGUCACAUAUGUGCCAAAAGCUUCCAGGAUACCGGCUGUUGGAGGAGACACAUGGAAAAGCAUGAAAACAUCACCAAGGAACGGGAAGAGCGGGCACAGUGCGAUGAAUGCGAUAGUUGGAUUGUGAAAAGUAACAUGCACAAGCACAAGAGGAUUCAUUCGGGCAGUAAAACGUGCAACGAGUGUGGUCAAGUUUGUCCCAAUGCCCUUUCUUUGCAGUAUCACAGAACACAGCACAAAAAGCAGUUGCUGCCCUGCACGGUGUGCGAAAAAACAUUCAAAAACCCUGUUAUUUUGAGGGAACACAUGGCAGCACACAACGGGGAAAGGUUGUACUCGUGUGAUUUUUGCGACAAAACGUUCAACUCCAAUGCCAAUAAGGCAUCGCACCGGAAGAAGAAACACCCUCGGGAGUGGAUGGAACUGAAGCUGCAGAAGGACCCUACUAUGCCGGAGGCAAAACGGUUGAAGAUAAUACAGGAAAUGGAAAGCGCCAGAUCACUUUUACAAAGUUUUUAUGUGCCGGGGUUCUUUUUAAAUUUAAAUUUAAAGCUAGGAGUAACUGCUACAAUGUCCCUCGAGAAUUGCAUCGCGUGUACCAAGACGGUGAAACCUGACUUAAGGCGAUCAGUGGCAGAUAACAAAUCCACCCAACAGGCUUUGGCGAAACAUUUUUGGUUCGAGAAACAGGAGUUCACAUAUGCAGUCCUGUGUUCGAUUUGUUGGAAACAAAUUGAAGACUUCCAUACAUUUUACUGUGAGAUAAGAAAAAUUCACUUCCCAAAGUCAGAACCCAACGAACUUGUUAGUGGUCAAUCGAUUCGAAUAAAAGAAGAACCUAUCGGCGGGGCGGAACAUCAUGAAGAAAUUUUUGCAGUGAAAGCGGAAAUGCUGGAUGUGCAGAUAAAAAAUGAUUGUAUUUCGGAUGAUGAACGAUUUGAAGGUGUCGAACGAACGAUUGAGUCUGGAACAAUAGACAACAUAGAGCAACCAAUAGACGGAAACGAAUCUGAUGAAAUUGAUCAAAUUGAAUCGGACGAAGAGCCCCUUGAAGGAGAAUCAGAUGAUGAUUCCAGUCAGAAAUCAACGAAAAUGCUUGAGCAAAAGUCUAAACCCCCAGGCGGUCCACCUAAGAAUAUUAAGAAAAACCCACAAAGCGACAAAUUAAAACAAAAGGAGGACAACGAGCUUCUGCGCAAACAUUUUGACCUUAAAUGCGACACUUGUGAAGAGAAGUACCCCACGUUUGUCCAGCUGAAAAACCAUUCGCUGCAGACUCAUAACAAGAAGGUGUACGUUUUCUGUUGCAAUAAGAAGUUCAGCAGUCGCCAUCGACUUCUGCAGCACAUGUGGUUCCAUCUCAACCCGGAACGCUUUCGAUGCGAACCGUGCAAUCGUCAGUUUCCCAACGGCGAGUCGCUCAAAGCUCACAACGAAAAUAAACACCUGGAGGCAGAGAAAACGUUCCAAUGCCAUCUCUGUCCGCGAGCCUAUCCCCACAGGAGAGGUCUUGGGAUACAUCUGCGCUAUCAUCGGCAGCUGCUGAGCGAAAACGGGUGGCGCUGUGAUCUCUGUGAUAAACAGUACCAAAGCAAAAUGGGUUGGCUGAAGCACAUGGAGACCAAGCACGGUAACUCCCAGAAACAUUUGUGUCACAUUUGUGCGAAAGGGUUUCAAGAUACCGGCUGUUGGAAAAAGCACAUGGAAAAGCACGAAAACGUCAAUCAGACACCGGAAGAGCGGGCCAAGUGCGAUGAGUGCGACAGUUGGAUUGUAAAGAGUAACAUGCGUAAGCACAAGAUGAUUCACUCGGGAAGUAAAACGUGCCAAGAGUGCGGUCAAGUUUGUCCCAGUGCCCUCUCGUUGCAGUACCACAAGGCGCAGCACAAGAAACAGCUGUUGUCCUGCACGGUGUGUGACAAAACUUUUAAGAAACCUGUUAAUUUGAGGGAACACAUGGCAGCGCACAACGGGGAAAGGCUGUACUCAUGUGAUUUUUGCGAUAAAACUUUCAACUCUAACGCUAACCAAGCGUCGCACCGAAAAAAGAAACAUCCCAGAGAGUGGAUGGAAUUGAAGCUGAAGGAGGACCCUUCGAUGCCCGAGGGCAAACGUUUGAAGAUUAUCCAAGAAAUGGAGAGUCUUUUGUAAACAAAAUGUCCGAUAAAAUUGCAUUCAAUGUCAAUUCUUAGCUAAACAGUAUCCGAAUGUCAUGUAGU